AUGGGUUCUUCAUCUAACAAUUGGAGUUUUUCUUUCUACGAAGAGAGCUAUGAGGAAAUGUGUCUGACAGAUGCCGAAGAUGUUAUAGAGGACACCAGUAAAACAUCAAUCUUGUCUGAGGGAGUCUCUACAGAUGUGGUGGAAGCAGCACAUGAGACUCAAAAAAGUGUUUACAAUCCAUUUCUUUUGACCAAAAUGAACUAUUUCAAGAGAAGAUCAUCAAAGGUCAAGCUAAGGGUCUUUGAUAAAAGGAUGAUCAUCUCGAGGGACAAGGUGAUCAAGAGUAUCCAUCCGGUCGAUCAAAAAAACAAGAAUGUUUUGUUCUGGAAGUGUGUUACGGAGUUCAAUAAAAGAAAGGGAUGCCCCACCGAAACAUUGAUAAUAACUUUUGCUAGAAAAGUUGGAUGCAAGCCACGCUCAGUUACUGUGACCAAAGAACAAGGUAGUAGUUGGUAUACAUUAGGCGUGUGA